UCACAAGAAUAAAUCAAACCAUGAGUGCCUGUACAGAAGGAACUGCUUUCGCAAAAACCAAGGAGACCACCAGGAUCGUGAUCAUCGGAGCCGGAGUCUCUGGAAUUGCGGCUGCCACUAGGCUUUUGGAGCAGGGAUUCAAGAACGUGCAGCUUUUCGAGGCGGAGGAUCGCAUCGGAGGUCGCAUCAAUACAAUUCCCCUUGGAGGUAGCUUUAUCGAUCUGGGAGCUCAAUGGUGUCAUGGGGAAGAGGGAAAUGUGGUCUUCGAGAAGGUUAAGGAUCUGGAUAUCCUUGAUAGGUCCGGUGACUAUGCCGUUUCUUUUAUCCGUUCCAACAAGGAAAUUCUCACCGAUGAUCAGACGAAGGUUAUAAAGAAUUUUUUCGACGAAUUUGAAGUGGCCCCCGAUGCUGAGGGUUCCAUUGGCGAAGCCCUCACCCAAAGCUAUUGGAAGAAGGUGGACCAGCAGUUAGUACCUAUGGAUAGGACCAUUGCCAAGGAAGCUCUGGACUGCCUGAAAAGGCACAAAUGCAGUGAGGAUGCCUGCGAUCACUUGUUCGAACUAUCGCUACGAAACGACCUGAAUUAUGAACUUGCGGGCGGCGAUCAGAAUCUCAGCUGGCGGCAAAAAGGCUACUGGAAGUUUUUGAGUCUACUGCUUAAUGCCAAGGAGGAUCAGCCCGGUGAUCAGGGGAUCCUGAAAGGACACGUCCACCUCAACAAGCGAAUUGCUGAGAUCAACUGGGCAAGAGACGGUGAACUGGCCCUACGCUGCUGGAACGGUCAACUAGUCUCAGCGGAUCACGUGAUCUGCACUGUCUCGUUGGGAGUUCUCAAGGAGAAGCACCAGAAGCUCUUCGUGCCAGCCCUACCAGCUGACAAAGUCAGGUCCAUUGAGGGUCUGAAACUAGGCACCGUGAAUAAGUUCAUCUUCGAGUUCGAGGAGCAGCCAAUGCCGGAGCAAAUGAGAAGCUUCGCUUGCCUUUGGCUGGAGGAGGAUCUCAAGGAGCUGCGAGAUGGGCAGUUCUUCUGGCUGGAGAGCAUCGUCGGCUUCCAUCGCGUAGACCGUCAACCCCUUUUGAUGGAGGGUUGGAUCAUCGGGGCUCAUGCCCGGUAUAUGGAAACCCUCAGCGAGGAGAAGGUCCUCGAGGCUCUGCAGUGGCUCUUUAGGAAGUUCCUCAACUUUACCGUGCCCCAUCCCAAGCACUUUUUGCGCACUCAGUGGCAUUCGAAUCCGAACUUCCGUGGCAGCUACAGUUUCUAUGCCACCUAUGCUGAUGAACUUCGAACGGGACGUACGGAUUUGGGGUCACCAUUGAUGAAUGUCUCAGGAAGACCGAGGAUUCAGUUCGCCGGAGAGGCUUCCAGCCGGAACCACUUCUCCACGGUCCAUGGAGCCACUGAGUCGGGAUGGCGCGAAGCUGAUCGUCUCAAUGAAUUCUACAAGGGACGAGCUGAAAACUAACAUAAUAUCUAAACUACUCAAUUGGAGUAAAGUUUUCUUAUUCCGUAUAAACAUUUUAUUCGAAAUUUAGUAAGUCGCAUCAAUAAUACUAACAAAAUAUUUGUAUAUAUUUGGUUCUUCAUUUCUUAUUCACAAUUCAAAAAUCAAUAAAAAUUAUCAAACAAAAAAGCACCCAACAAAAA